AUGCCGAAUCGUAAGCGAGCCAUGACAUCACCAAUAGAUGCAAGCGUCAAAAAGGCCAACCUUGAGGUUUUUUUGAAUUACAUUUCUUUUAUGAAGUUUUUUAAACAAUAAGUUUUUAUUCAAGAUAAGAUGAAGGUUUCGAUAUUUGGAUAAGAUUAAAAAUUCAUUUCGUAAAUAAAUGUUGAACUUUGGAAUUUAAGAAGCCACUGCCCCUUGCUCUCAACGUAGAAGCUCCGUACAGUGAUGAACCUCUGGCGGCUGCCGAACGAGCUCGAAUCGACUAUUCUGAGAAAAUCACGCUGGAAAUGGCAAAAAACAACACGGGUAAGGUCAAAUCGCAAUUUCGAAAGAAACGCGUUUGUUCAGCUGGGCGCCCCGUCCGAAUCUACGCCGAUGGUAUUUACGAUCUUUUCCACUACGGGCACGCAAAUCAGCUGCGACAGGCGAAAAACGCUUUCCCUAACGUCUACCUCAUCGUAGGAGGUCGGUACAUUUUCAGCUGAAAACGCAUAUUUUGAAAGUUGGUCAGAGAGGGUUAUCAAUACAAUUUGAAAACUUUGAAACAUUUAAUCUGCAUAUAAUACUAGUUCACGAAAGAUUUUGAAAAAAAAAACAAAGAAGUUUCUUUUGAAAUCUCUCUAUGGGCCAAUUAAUUGAAAAGUGCGUUCUCAGAAGCUUCGCAACUUGACAUCAUAUAUCCCUUUAUGAAAUUUCAAAACAUAUAUUAUGGUUUAAUAUAUUCACUGUUGGUUUGAGACAUCUCGCACUGAGUUCCAGAAACACCAAUUCCCAAAUAAAGUUCAUAAAAUGGUCUUAGUUUCUGUCUGAAGCUUGCGGUCAAAAUAUUCACAUUGAACCGUCGAUGAAAAAAUGUAUUGGUCUUCGGAAAAAACUGAGUUAAUUUUUCAUAACCACCUGCUCUUUUGAAGGCAGUUUUUCACUGUUAGUGUGAAGGCGUGUUAGAAUGUUUUUCUUUUCUUCACUCAAGUAUGAUGAUUGAUCGCUUUAACAAAAACUUUUGAUUUCUCCAAAGCUUUCUUGGUUUUUUUGCUCAGAGAAGUGUCUGGCGCCUUUGAAAACAUUUUAUCCACAUCUUUGCACUAUCUAAGAGAUUACUCACAUAUCAAAAACCAAAACGAUCAGCGGAAAGCUUUCAGUUUGCGGUGACAAGAGCACGCACAAGUACAAAGGGAGAACGGUGACGUCAGAAGAUGAGAGGUUCGAAGCCGUCCGCCACUGCAGAUACGUCGACGAAGUCUAUCGGGAUGCUCCCUGGUAUUGCACCGUCGACUUUUUGAAAGAGCUCAAAGUCAGAUUACUCAAGAGUUUUUCAAAAAUUGAAGUUUUUUUUAGGUCGACUUCAUUGCCCAUGAUGCGAUCCCAUACACAGCUCCAGAUGAAGAAGACUUGUACGAAAAGUUCAGAAGAGAAGGUGAGAAAUCGCAUGAAAAUGAACGGAAAAAAUGACCAGAAAAGUUCAGGAAUGUUCGUUGAGACGGCGCGAACUGAAGGAGUCUCGACUAGCGACGUCGUCUGCAGAAUAAUCCGAGACUACGACAAAUAUGUCAGACGCAACCUUCAACGCGGAUACUCUCCGAAAGAACUUAACGUUGGGUUCUUAGCUGUGAGUUUAGCAUUUUUCUAACUGAUUUAAUUUUUUUCUUUUUCAGGCAAGCAAAUAUCAAAUUCAAAACAAGGUCGACUUUCUCAAAGAGAAAGGAUUAGAACUUCUCAACACUUGGAAAAGCAAAUCAGAUGAUUUUAUCAAAGACUUUAUUGAUACUUUCCACAAGGACGGCGGCCUGAAUGUGAGCGACAAAAAUUCCCAUGGGAAUUCGAAAAGUGGAACUGAAUGUCUUAUUUCAGCCAUUUUUUGCUGUUUUCUAUGCUUUCUUUCUGAAUAACCAUCAAGCUCUCAAAAUUCGUUUUUGUAAUUUUUUGCGAAAUGCAAAAUUGAUUUGGUUUUGAGUGUAAUAAAAUACGUUUGAUUGAAUCAGAUGAAAAACAAAAAUUUCAGGCGUUCCGCGGAAGACUGAAGGGCUUGGUGGCUUCUUCUCGGUCGCCGUCGCCGACCGAUGAAGAUGACGUCGUCUGCGAGACUGAGAAACAAGAAGACGAAGAGCCUCACAAAAAAACGGCCUCACUCACUGAAUCUAUGACUUACUUCCGGAAUGAAGUCACUAAAUUUUUAUUUUUUUGA